CUUUAUCUUAUAACACUUAUCAAUAACUAUGUGUGAUGAUGUUUUCUUUAAUUAUGUCUUAUGAAAAUUUAUCUUAAUUCUGUAGUUGUCAACAUGUCGAAAAAGUCAAAGGCAUCCACCUCAAGCGAUACAAAUGUUUCAGAUAACUCUUUAUGUGUUUGGUCAAAUGCUAUGGAUGACACAUUAAUUGAUGCAUUCUGUAACGAGCAAACACGUGGGAAUAGAAUUGGUGGAACUUUCACUACACACGCACUAGACAACAUAUUGAAGGAGCUACGAUCAAAAUUUCGAUAAAUUUAUUAACAAGGAGAAAAUUCACAAUCGAAUGAGAGUAAUUAAAACUAAAUUUGCCAAAUGCUAUGACACAUUUCAAAUGGGGAUGAGCGGGUUUUCAUGGGAUCCCAUAACAAAUAUGUGGGAUGCGAACCCGAAGUAUGGGACCAGUUAAUUCAGGCUAAGCCUGCAGCUGCUGAGCUGAGGACCAUGUCAAUUAGAAAUUAUGAUAAGCUAAUAAUACUGUAUGGAAAGGAUCGAGCUACUGGAAAGCAUGCUGAGACUGGACCAGAUAUGUUAAAAAGAGGUGCUCGUAAAAAUUUGAAAAGAUCAAGUACUAGUUCGUUGACUAUUGAUGAGGUAGAUGAGAUGAUUUCAGUGAAUCUUGCCUCGUUGGAAAACACCGAGGAACAUGGGCGGGAUAAGCGGAGAAUCAACCAACUAAUGGUGAACCUACAUCGAAUAGCUAUCUAGAGACACCGACUCCUACCGAAA